AUGAUAUUCCGACUCUCAGAAAUCAAUCGAUUAAUUAAUUAAUCAAGAUUAAUUACAUGCAUAGUUAUAAUUUACUUUUAUUUCUCUAAGGAACUAUUCGUUCGCAAAGAAAUCCUAUCAGAUAGAAUGUUUGUCUAUAAUCAUAUAAUCCAAUCAAUUGUAUGGGUAAGAAUAUUUCUUGUUUUGGUUAUUAAAAUAUUUGUAGAAAGUGAGUAUGUGGAUAAUAAUAUAUAAAUAAUUAAUGAGGAGAAGAGGAAGGAGAAAUUUUAAUUUAAUAUUAAGUGUUUGUUUUGCUAAUUAUUUUUGUUAGUUAGAUCGUUAGUUACUAUUUUUGGUAUUUAAAUUUUUUAAAUUAGUUCGUUUUUAUUUAUUUAUUUUAUUUACAUUUUUAGAUUAAAAUAAUUAUUUUUUUUAGCAUUUACUUUUUAGAUAAAUAAUUUUAUGUUUGUUUUAAUAAGGAGAUUUAAAUGUUUCUCAGAAUGUGGCCAACAUUUCAGUGUUGUUGGUAUUUUUGUUUCUGUUGAAGACACUCUAAAUGAUUUCUUUUUCAUCCCAGUUCUUAACGUUUUCUUCUUCAUUUUCAGAAGAUUCUUCUUUAAUUAUGUUAAGAGAGGGUUGGAUGGCAGAAACACGGGUAGUUGCAUGAGUGGAGGAACGUUUGAAAUAUUUUCUUCCAUUACCCUCUAAAGGAGAAUUAAUUUUAACUUGUUUUUGAAUUUAUUUGAGAGGACCAUUAGCUUCCUCAAGUAUUUUCAAACUAAUGUUAAGAUAAGGAGUUAUGAUUUUAUUAGCAAUAUCAUUAUUUUAACCAUAAGCAUAAAAACUCAUUUCAAUUGCAUUUUCAAAGCACUUUUGUGCUUUGUAGUGGUUUCCUGCAAUAUCUUAAUUAAUACGUCCCAUUUCAAUAUAUAAUUCCAUCAUCUCUUAGUAAUAGGAGUUUUCCUAUCUGUAUGUCUUAAGUAAAUUAACUAAUCUAUUCAUUUUCAUAAGAGCUUGAUUAAAUUUUUCUUCUUUUUUAAGUAGCUCUAUUUCAUCUUUCACAAUUUUAAUAGCUUUUAUUUGUUUUUCAGUCCUUUUGUUUUAUGA